CACAGACAGAGGACAUAUUACAACUUCCUGUUUCGGGAAGCGCUGAGUUGGGUUGUUGUUCGCUAGCUAACGUUAACUAGUAAGCUUGAACGUCCAAAAGGACUGCGUAUUAACCUUCGUGUCCGAAUGUGCGUACAUUUUUAAGGACCAAAAGGUGCGACUUACUGCAUUCAGUGAAACAAUGUCGGACAGUCCCGAUUUUCCACCAAGCGUUGAGCAGAAUUUAGAGAUAGAAGGCUCUGUUGUGAUGAUGGAGGGACAGGAGGAUAGCAUGUUUAAUGACCAACAUUUCUAUUGUGAGAUGUGUCACCAUCACUUCAUUGACCAGUGUAAGGUUCAUGGUCCACCAUUAUUCACAUGUGACUCGCCAGCAGCUAUGGGCGUUCCUCAGAGAGCUCUGCUGACGCUGCCACAAGGCUUGGUUAUCGGUCGAUCGGGCAUCUCUAAUGCAGGACUUGGAGUUUUCAACCAAGGCAAGACUGUGCCUUUGGGGAUGCAUUUUGGACCUUUUGAUGGAGAGGUGACCUCUCAGGAAAAGGCAAUGGAUAGUGCCUUCUCUUGGGUAGUUUACAGAGGCAAUAAUCAGUAUACCUACAUAGAUGCAGAAAGAGACACUCACUCUAACUGGAUGAAGUUUGUGGUGUGCUCAAGGAGUGAGACGGAGCAGAAUCUUGUUGCAUUCCAGCAAAAUGGACGUAUUCUGUUCCGUUGUUGUCGCCCUAUUGGCCCAGGGCAGGAAUUUAGAGUUUGGUAUGCAGAGGAAUAUGCUCAAGGACUUGGCAUCAUCUGGGAUAAGAUCUGGGAUAAAAAAUGCAUUUCUCUAGGAACAACUGAAGAACAGGCAAGUCAGGACUGUCUGUGUCCUUAUUGCCAUUACUCCUUCCCAGCCAUUUUUUAUCUGCAUGCUCAUGUGAAGCGCUCUCAUCCCGAUGAGUAUGCACACUUCAUGCAGACACAGCCGCUUGAGUCUGUGGACAUCGACCAGUGCCUUCCGCCAUCUGAUGAGGCUCCUUCAACCCAUACGGAGCCAGUAAUAGAAAGCUGUCAGGAUCAAAUUUCAACCCUAAAUGGACAACCCAUCCAUCACUCAGAAAAGUCAGAUUGCGCUGAUUUGUCUGACACGUGCAGUAAUGGUGUGAGUGGUCAGACAGGUCUCGAUGAAAUGAAUAAAUGUGGUGAAUGUGGCCGUAACUUUUUGAGAUCUUGUCAUCUGAAGAGACAUCAGCGUACUAUUCACUCCAAAGAGAAGCCUUAUUGCUGCAGCCAUUGUAGGAAGUGCUUUAGUCAGGCAACAGGGCUGAAAAGACACCAACAAAUCCACCAGGGGGAGGAAAAGAGACAGAAAGAUGCUGACAGACCUUCUGAUAUAUACCCUUGCACAAAGUGCUCCUUCUCUUUUGUGGCCAAAGUCAAUUUGUAUCAGCAUCUGAAACGGCAUCACCAUGGAGAGUAUCUUCGUUUAGUUGAGAGUGGCUCAAUAGCAGUAGGGACUGGAGGUGAUGCUGAGAAAAAUACUGACGAGCAUGACCCAACCUAUGAACCUCCUGCUCGAGGGAGAAGGCCUGUGAAGAACACUUUAAGAGGCAGGAGUCACACUAAAAAAGUACCUCUUGGCCGACCGAGGGGGCGACCACCUAAACCCAAGAAUGCAGCUGUGGAUGAAGUGCAGAAGACUUUAUCUAUCUGCACCGAGUGUGAACAAGCGUUCUCUGAUUUGGAGACACUGGAAACUCACCAAUGUGGAGUACAAGAUCAUAAUAAGCCAAAGGAACCACAUGAAGCACCAGCUUCUCAGCAUGUCUGUGGUGAGUGCCUGCGAGCUUUCAAUAAUUUAGAUCUUCUUGAAGCCCAUGAGUGCAUUCAGCAGGGAGACGGAUCUUACUGUUGCUCUCACUGCAACCUUUACUUCAACCGUAUGUGUAACCUUCGUCGCCAUGAGCGCACCAUCCACUCCAAGGAGAAGCCCUACUGCUGCACGCUGUGCCUCAAGUCCUUCACCCAGUCUUCUGGCUUGAAGCGCCACCAGCAGAGCCACUCACGCUGCAAGGCCCACCGCCAGAGCUCAGCCCUUGUUGAUGCCACCAUCUUUCCCUGUACAUACUGCCCCUUCUCUUUCACAGAUGAACGCUAUCUUUACAAACACAUCCGCCGUCACCAUCCAGAAAUGAGCGUCAAGUAUCUGAGUUUCCAAGAAGGGGGUGUUUUGUCUGUUGAAAAGCCUCACAGCUGCAGCCAAUGCUGCAAGAGCUUUAGCACAAUCAAGGGCUUCAAGAACCACAGCUGCUUCAAGCAGGGAGAGAGGGUGUAUCUGUGCCCAGAUUGCGGAAAGGCAUUCAUUUGGUUUAAUAGCCUCAAGCAACACCAGCGCAUCCACACCGGAGAAAAGCCUUACACGUGUCAGCAGUGUGGCAAAAGUUUUGUCCACGCCGGACAACUGAAUGUGCACCUCCGCACACACACGGGUGAAAAACCUUUCCUGUGUUCACAGUGUGGCGAAAGCUUCAGGCAGUCGGGAGAUUUGAGGAGGCAUGAGCAGAAGCAUUCAGGUAUUCGCCCCUGCACGUGUCCCGAUUGUGGGAAAAGCUUUAGUCGGCCACAAAGUCUCAAAGCUCACCAACAGAUCCAUAAUGGCACCAAACUCUUCCCCUGCACUCAGUGUGGAAAAAGCUUUACUCGUAGAUACCAUCUCACCCGGCAUCAUCAGAAAAUGCACUCCUGACUAAAGUAGUAAUAAGACAAUGAGGAAUUUAUUAAAAUCUUUAAUGCAGAUUUAAGUUCCUUUAAGACAAAGUUACUUUGCUAUUGAAAAGAUCCUGUUCUUGUCUAGUCCGUUAGACAGGUCUGAACUAGGCAUUUUUGAGUAUGUAACGUAAUGGGGCACAAAAUGUCUGAAUGUAGUUGUUCCCAAAACACGGAGUCAUUAGGCUGGUUGUAAUCAAUUUAAUGAGACAACUUGGCUGAAGACAACUUUAUUUUAUUAAUGACAAAAUGUGUUAUUGUUCAACAAUGUUCUUACGAUCGUAGUAAAAUCAUUUUGUAAAUGUAUGUGUGGCAAGAUGUUUUCUUUUAGUCAAGAACUUCAGAGAUGGGAAACUUGGGGUUUGAGGAUGAGAACUCCUGGGUUUGCAUAGAUGCAUAAAUGUUCAGUUUUUUAUUUUUUUAAAGGUGUCAUGUCCCUCUGUGCAGCAUACAAUGCUUACAAUCAUCUUUUGUUGUGCUUGUUUUGUUUUUUGACCAUACAACUGAUCUUAGGUCCAUUUAUUAAAGUUUAUCUCCCAUUAAAUAGUGGGUAUCAAGUAAUACCCUUGCACAGAUAACUACUUUUCACCAUGAUUUACUGUGAUUUUAUGAUGUUGCAAAACUUGCAACCUGAGAGUUAUCAUCAGUCUGCUUUGUCACUAUUACUCUUUUAAUUUAGCUUUGGUUAAAAAUGGGCCUCUUAAAAGAAAAAUAUUCUGAUGCUCAUUGGUUUCUGUCAUGUUUGUCUUCGUGUUUCAGUUCUUGUUUCUUGUGUAGAUAAUGUAAAAUCACACGAAUGAGGUGAUUACUAUCUUAAUGUACUGUAUGUAAGAUUUAUACAUAAUGAAAUCUGUGUCACUGCUGCAAAAUCUCUCCAAAAACCCUUGGAACUUCGAGAUAAGUAACCAUUUCAGAGAACUAGAAGAUGCUCAUACAUUGGUGCUAUGCAAAUUUCUUGUCUUGGAAAAUUUAAUCUUCAAGCACAUUAAAAUAAAAGAAUUAAUUGUACAA